CACAGCAAGAAGUUAUUCUGGUUAGUGUCGGCCGCCGAGGUGGUGGUCCCUUUUGCUCUAGUCUUCGGUCCAACGCUCUGCAUAGAGUCGGCUCCAAGUUUCAGGGCCCACGCAGACUCAGAAGGAAAAAAGGGACCCCACCUACGGGCCCGAAACCAAAGCGCCGUCUGCACAUUUCUCGUGCUUUUUGGAAACUACCUUUAGCAGUCCUGGGUGGCGGAACCGGGAGGGGCGUAAACAUGAGGCUGGCAGACCCCGAGAUGGGGGGCCAGGCCCCGUGGGACUCCCUGCUCAGCGGCGCGCCUUUGAAGUCGUUAGCGGAGGAGCCCACCACCCCCGAGGCCGCUGACGGGAAGCAGCCCUCGCCGCCGCCGCCGUCCCUGCAGGCGGUCAAGGUGGUGCCCAAGGCGAAGCCCCCGAUGCGGCGGCGACACACGUUUGGCGAAACCUUCAAUGCCACCCUAGCGCCGCUGCUCAACCCCCAGAAGAUGCAGUACAACCACGUGGACACCAACGGUGAAACUACGCAGCCAAAUCUCUCACCCUUCAGACGCCUUUCGCGCUUCAGCCAUCGUCGUUUCCGACGCCGCGUCGUCUUCAAAGGCGGCGACUGCAACGUGACGCAGACGAACGUGGCCAAGCGUCGGCGCCGCUACCUGCAAGAUAUCUUCACAACGCUGGUCGACGCUCAGUGGCGCUGGACGCUGCUCGUGUUCGCCCUCAACUUCGUCCUCUCAUGGCUGGCGUUCGCCCUGGUUUGGUUCACCAUCGCGGCGGCACACGGCGACCUGAAGCCCGUGGAGCAGCGGCCGAACAUCACCUGCGUCAGCAGCAUGGACUCCUUCACCGCCGCUUUCCUCUUCAGCGUCGAAACGCAGCACACCAUAGGAUAUGGUGCCAGAUUCAUCUCGGAGGAGUGUCCCGAGGCCAUCUUCGUGAUGUGCGUGCAGUGCAUCGCCGGCGUGAUGAUCCAGGCCUUCAUGGUGGGCAUCGUGUUCGCCAAGCUGUCCCGGCCAAAGAAGCGCACGCAGACGCUGCUUUUCAGCCGCAACGCGGUCAUCUGCCAGCGGGACGGCCAGCUGUGCCUCAUCUUCCGCGUGGGCGACAUGCGGCGCUCGCACAUCAUCGAGGCCCACGUGCGGGCCCAGCUGAUCAAGCAGCGGGUGACCAGCGAGGGCGAGGUCAUCCAGUUCUAUCAACACGAACUCAAGGUGGGCGGCGAGGGCGCCGAGGAUGACCAGAUCUUUUUCAUCUGGCCGACCAACAUCGUGCACAAGAUCGACGAGAGCAGUCCGCUGUUCAACAUGAGCGCCGCCGACAUGGUCAAGGAGCGCUUCGAACUGGUCGUCAUCCUCGAGGGCGUGGUCGAGAGCACCGGCAUGACCACGCAGGCCAGGUCGUCAUUCCUGCCAUCAGAGAUCCUCUGGGGACACCGCUUCCAGUCCAUGGUCGACUUCAAGCAGGACAGAGGCGAGUACGAGGUUGACUACAGCAAGUUCAACAACACCGUCGAGGUGGAGACGCCGUUGUGCAGCGCCAAGGACCUCGAAGAGCUCAAGAAGGUCAUCGCCAACAAUGUUGUUACGGAAAAGAAGAACCGGAAAAUUAGCCUGCCACCCAUUCCCGCACCGGUCAGCCAGCAGGAGCCGCUCAACCUUCCCGGGCCUGAGUCUCGCAUCUAGCAUAAUUCCAGGGGCACCUCUCAUGUAACAAAUAGUCGUGAUAUGAUUUCCAGUACGUAGGGUCCAAAACCAUUGAUUCCUGCCAACAGCCCUCCAGAUCAAAAUCUCUCAAACAAAUCGCAAAACAUAUUUAAAUUAUUUAUUAACACACUCGACGCAAGUAUUCGCGAGAGGACGCUCUGAACAC